AUGUCGCUCGUCACAGCUUUUCUGGCGGGCUCAGCGGCGCCGGCGGUCGCGCCACGGUCCGCCCGCCCGUCGGUGGGCUUCUUUGGGGUCGGCGGAGGGUGCGCGCUGUCGGUGGAGUGCUCGUCGCGGCCGCAGAAGAAAGGGACCAAGCACCAUAUGAAGACGCGGCCCAAGAAGACGCAGCGGUGGGACAUCAAGCGCCGCCCCAUUCAGUACGAGCCGCUGCCGGCGCUUCCCGAUGACUGGACGCUCGUCGCCGCCGGUGAGAAGGAAGAUGCGGCGCCGCAGGACGAGGAGACCACGCCCGCUGCUGCCGUUGAGGUCGAGGUGGUCGCCGCCCCUGCCGCCGCAGACUGA